AUGACCAAGGGCAAACCCCAAUCCUCCAAUCUUGAGGCCUUCUCCCAGGCUGUGUCCAACAUCCUGGGCACGAAGACGCGCUCAGUCUCUGCGUCUCGCCAGCUGGACAAGGCCAUCGAGAAGGAGCGCGCCGAGCGUCGGGCCCUUCUGAAGAAGCGUGCCGAGCGUCGGGCCGAGCGUCGUCGUGGCCAUGUCCCGCCCCCUCGCUAUGGCAGCGCCUCCAGCCGGUCUGCGGCUCUGGCCACCCAGUGGGACAUCCCCUAUGAGCGUCAGCUCCGUCGCGUGGCCACCAAGGGCGCGGUCCAUCUUUUCAAUGCCAUCUCCAAGCACAAGGCCCAGGUCGAGGAGACCGUCGAGUCCGUCAAGACCUCCACCGAGAAGGAGAAGGUCACCAAGCUGUCGAAGGACUCCUUCCUGGAUUUGCUGAAGAAUGUGGCCAAGGACAAGCCGGCUCCGGGCUCCCUUUCCAAUGCUGCCAAGGCCCAGCUCGAGCUUCCCAAGGCCGGCUCCCUGUCCUUGCCUUCGCUCUGUGCGUGA